CAGAAAAUGAGCAGCUUCUUCUCUUUGCUAAUUUCUGUUUUGCUCAGCGAUAUAAUGAACAAAGUGUCUUCUUGUUUGGCGAUCUGUAAUGAGUGAUACACAAAUGUCUUCCACUGCUGCUUCAAAAUCACUGAAAAUUCAUUCUUAUGACUCAGCUAUUGCCGGUUCCAUAUCAGGGUUGAUAACAAGAGCUUUGAUCUCUCCAAUCGAUGUUUUAAAGAUCAGAUUGCAAUUGGCAAAUUUCAACUCGACACCCAAACACAAGGUGAACAUCUACCAGAAUGGGAAAAUAUUGUGGAGCUUGACCCUGGAGAUAUACAAAAAAGAAGGAAUCAAAUCGUUUUGGAAAGGGAAUAUUCCAGCUGAGAUCAUGUAUGUUCUAUAUGGUGCUUCCCAGUUUACGUGCUACUCAUUUUUGAAUGAUAGAUUCAAAGGAAGGGAAAAGAAUGGAAAUGUAAAACAUUUAGUUCUUGGAUCGAUUUCCGGUUGUUUUGCGAGUUUGAUCACCUAUCCCUUUGAUGUUCUACGAACUAGAUUUGUGGCAAAUAAUUCCAGAAGUUUUUUUCGCUUGUUCAAGUCGAUUAAUUAUAUUUUCAAAACCGAAGGCAUUAAUGGUUUUUAUGGGGGUUUGAAGCCCACAAUUUAUCAAGUAUCACUUGGAACUGGGAUCUCCUUUCUAUCAUAUGAAUAUUUGAAUACGCAUAUUGAUAUUAAUUUUUUACAUGGUAGUUUCAAUAAUAAUAAACUAAUAAACCAGUAUAUUGCAGGAUUUUUGGCAGGAUUUAUUUCUAAAGCAACCACUUUUCCGUUGGAUUUGAUCAAACGAAGAUUGCAAAUUAAAGGAAGCAUUAAUGAAAUAUUGGUACACAAUUAUUCUUUUAUCACUAGCAAGGAUUCGGUUUAUAAUCGAAACUCCCAAAUGUAUCAGAUCAUUAAAGAGAUAUUAAUUAAUGAAGGAAUUAAUGGGUUGUAUAGAGGCUUUAGUAUGGCAGUUAUAAAGAGCGCACCAACAACAGCAUUAUCAUUUUCAAUAUAUGAAUACUCUCUAAGAAAGUUACAAGGCACUUGAUUCUAUUUUGCAUCUUAUAUCUUAUCUUAUUUUAUAUUAUGCUAUAAUAUUUAAAUAUCCGAUUAGUUUGUUUUUAUUACUUUUAUUAUUUUUACUAAUAAUCAAAAUCUUUCAAUAUAUUUUUUUUAAUUCGCUAGAUUUAAUAGGG